AUCAUAUCCGAUCGAGAUAGAGAGAAUGGCUCAUGAGGUUUGCCAGAAGUUGGUAUCUCAGAUUUGCAUAAAAUCUGAUGGAGAUGUGUUCCACCAACUAUUCAGACAAAAACCACAUAAGAUAUCAGGCAUGUGUCCCGACAAGGUCAAAGCAUGUGAACUCCAUCAAGGCCAAUGGGGCACCGUUGGAUCCGUCAUCUGCUGGAGCUACUUCCAUGAUGGGAAAGAGAGGGUGGCGAAGGAGAUAAUCGAAGCAAUAGAUGAAGAGAACAAGUCUGUGACGUUCAAUGUGAUAGAAGGAGACUUGAUGGAGCAGUUCAAGGUGAUGAAACUGAUAGUCCACGUCGACACCAAAGGGGAAGACAACCUCGUGACGUGGACUCUUCAGUACCAGAAGCUCAACAAGGAUGUUGCUGAUCCUCACUCACUCAUGGACUUCUGCCUUCACGUCACCAAAGAUAUCGAGACUCACCAUAUCACCCCUGCUUGAUUAAAACCCACUACUAUCAUUUUCGAUUUAACUAUCUAUGUGUGCCUGCUCAUAUAAUUAUUAACUAUCAUCAACUAUCUAUGUGUAUCCUGCUCAUCUGCUCAUAUAUGAAUAAACUAUCAUGUUGUGUGCAA